AUGAAAAAAUAUCGAUUUAAAACAGUAGACUUAGGCUUGGGCAAUGUACACGAAUCGACGUCGCUGCAGCAUAUCGUACGUCGAAUAUUUACCAAAAUAAAUAUUUAUAUAUUUUGUUCCGUUUAUUGUAUAACAGUCUAUAGAUCUGUAGUUUAUCGUGUAUAUAUAUAUAUAUAUAUAUAUAUAUAUAUAUGCAAUUCGAUUUGUACAAAGCACAAUAUUACUUUAUAAUUUAUAAAACAAAACGAGUAUAGAUUCAAUUCAUAUUUAAUUUCUGAUAUCACGAUAUUACAUACAAACGAACCAGCUAUAAGUACUUCCAAGUAUAUAUUAUUAUAUACCUAGUUUUGAAAAACAUGUUUAAACAAUAUCAAAGUUAAGCUAAAAAUAUAUAGAUAUUUAUUGGUUUCAUCAAUUUUUUCGUAUUGACCACAUUCCGUUUAUUAAAAAAAUGCUACAAUAUUUUAAAUAUUUUGAUUGUCUUGCAAUGUAUUAUAAUAAGGUAUACAUUUAUAUACAUUUUAAUAUGUGCAUUCUUUUUUUUUAUUUUCUAUUGUGAUUUCAGUUUGCUGACGAGUUUGUUCUCCAGGUAGCUGGGACCUGGUUGGAAAAAUCGUUGGAUAGCAUUUCAAUUCAUUGGUACCCUCCCAUAGCUGCGCUGUUCAUCGUUCCGUUUAGCAUGGUCCGAGUGAUGAAAUAUAUGGUUCCAUUCUCAUCCAUAGCCAACAUAUGCCUGAUGGCCGGGGCAUUAUCAAUUGUCUGCUACAUGUUCUUUAUAGAUGACAUAUCAGAAAUACUGAGCCCCAGCGAAAAGCCCGUUUACGUGGUUUGGCCAUGGUCUGAAUGGACGCUGUUCGCUGGCAGUGCCCUUUUUUCUAUGGAAGGCGUCGGAAUGGUAAAUAAUGUUAUGAUAAUACAUAUUAAUAAUAGAACCAUGGGUGUUCAUUGGAAAAAUCAAAGGGGAAGACGUCUCUUCUUGGAUUUUCCAUAGGCCUGGAUUUCCCGUCAGUCGUCUCUUAACCAAUAAGAAUAAAAUGAAAACAGAAAAGAAAUUAUUUCACAAAACUGUUUGUGUAGGAACGAAUUCUGCAAAAUAUCAAGAACAACGUUUAAUUAAUAAUGUUUUAGAUGAAAAAUCCGGGUAUUUUUUUUUAAAACACAAAUUCGUCACGUGCCUUAUAAUUGGAGCUAUUGGGAUUUUGAGAAAAUGAUGUUAUAGACAUUUUUUCAUAUUACAUCGGAAAUACUAAUACUAUUGUAAUACGUACGUAUAUAUCCUAUCAUUUUUUGGCGUAAACAUUUUUAAUCGAAAAUCUGUUUAAAGAAGGAAGGCGUGUAUUCAGCGAUAAGGUCUCGGUAUUAUGUAUCGGCCUAUAUUUUCAAGCGAAAUUUAUUAAUGAUUUUUCAAAAAUGUAUCCCGACGGCAAAUAUUAUGUCAUAUUUAAAGAUUCGUUAUGGAAAUAUAAAUUGUCUAACCCUUCCCCCUGCCACUUCUCCUUUAUACGAACAAAUCAGCUUUCAUACCGAACACGCCACCGGCGACCGGUGUUGCGGCUGCAGGCACUUCACAAGCAUUAUAUGAUUUUCUUUAUCGAGACCAACUUAUACAUGCUGUAGUAAUUAAAUAAUAUUACAACCGUUUUUUGAACCACGUACAAGAUCUAAAGAAAUAAGAAUCACAAACAAUAUGCAUAUUUCUAUACGUCGUUUACUUCCUAUACAAACACUUUCGAAAAGCUUUUACGAGUAUUGCUUAUCCUACGAGUAACCUUUUUCGAGGCUUGUCCCAAAAGUAAGAUAUCCAAGCUCUUAGUGGCCAAGGGAAAUUUUAUUUUUCUAAGUUAGUACCAUUUCUGUGAUCGUUAGUUUCUUCUCAUUCCAAGAACAUUUGAACUAGCCGGAUCGGAUGUUUAGUACCUUCGUGACUCGUAAAUAAGAUGAGAGCGUCGUCGUCUUUUGCAUGACAACACUUUACCUCACGUGGCACGUGACACAAAAACGCUUUUGGAAAAGUUCGGUUGGAACAUUCUUCUGCACAAUUAUUUAACUCAUUAUUACACCCUACCAAAAAAUCUGCUCCUUGAAAUCAUAGGGAAGGCAAUUAGUUCCUUUGAUCUCCUUCCAGCUAUCUCGACUUGGUUAUCCCAAUUAAAAUUAUUAGGCACACCUUGCGAAAAAAUGUUGCACAUCACGCCAAUGAAAAAUAUUUGUGAUUAUUACCGUAAUCAUUAAAAUCAUCUAAAAUAUUAACUGGGAACUCUUUCUAAGCACAUUAAGACUAGCUAAUUAUGUACAUAAUUUAAAUUUUCCAAAAAAUUAACCAAUAUAAUAUUUUUGUUUCAAUUGUCGCUAUAACUCAUAAUUUAUUUCAUUUUUGCCAACGUUUAUCAAAAUUUCAUAGUAUUAUCUACUUGUACCUACUAAAAUUACAUGAGUAGAUACUUAUCCGAAUUCAGUUAGUCGGUGUGGGUGGUAUAUACAAAUUUUGGUUCAUUAUUGACAUACUCAUCGCUAGAUUACAAACAAGUCAUGCGUAUGCCUUAGAGCAGCAUACAAUUUAAAAUAAACCAAAGUGGAAAAAUGAAAUUAAUAAUUAUCAUCAAGACCGGCAUUAAAAUGUUCACUUUAGGGAAGAAAUUAUCUUAUGACCACGAUAGUCAUAACGAUUGUUAAAAGUAAACACGAUUCAACGCACCAUUAUGCGAGACCGCAGACUUUAAUUUUAUGAAAAAAUAAAAUAUUAUUUUAAUGAUUCGAUUAGUUGAAUAUCAUGAUGUCAACACGUUUCUUGAGUUACAAUUCUUCAUUUAACGUUGAUCGAUUGCAAAUCGCUUUCUAUCAAGAUUACGAGUGAAUAAUAAAAAGUGAUAAAAGUGAUAAUAUAUUAAAAAUGACGACGCGCAUGAUUGAUACGACGUCAAACACAAUAAUAUUAUUAUUAUGUUUAUGUUUAAAUUUUUCCGCGCUGGUAGUACAAUCUACACCUUACACUACUAUACAAUUAUUAAAUUAUAUUAAUAUAUUUUUGCAUACCUAAUGAAAAUUUAUUUUCGUUUUAUUACAUUUUUUAUAUAGCUGUUGCACAUUGAGAAUGUGAUGGAGAACCCACUUGAAUUAGCUGGGCCUCCAUCUUACACUCUGCAUGUUUCUAUGCUAGUGACUAUCUUGGCCAACAUCUUCAUGGGUCUAUUUGGAUAUAUUAAGUACGGCACCAAAUGUAAAGGAAAUAUUUCGUUGAACUUACCGUUAGGAUACGUGUAA